AGAGCUGCGGCCGGCUGGGCUGGCGUUCGGGCCAAGCCCAGCGCCCAGGGAGCUCCUGGCCGUUAAACCGCAGGUGUACCAGCGAGAAGUCGGACGUCGGACGGCUGCAGAACUAGUGCUGCCACAAUGCCUCCCACACAAGCAGAGAGUGUCAUAAAGAAUAUCAUACGAGAAAUAGGACAAGAAUGUGCAGCCCACGGAGAGAUCACUUCUGAAACGGUGGUUGCUUUUAUGGUGAAAGCUGUCGUCCUAGAUCCCAGCAAUGGCUUUAACAUGGAUAGGACCCUCAUCAAGUCUGACGUGCAGAAACUUGUUAAGCUUUGUGUGGCACGGCUAUUGGACAACAAAAAUCCAUCCUUGGACACCAUUAAAAUGCAGGUCUACUUCGACAUGAAUUACACCAGUCGAGAGGACUUUCUUGAAGAACAUCACCGGGUCCUAGAGUCCAGGUUAGGCAUUGUUAGCAGAGAAAUCACGGACACCAGAGCAUGCGCUAAAGAAGAGCUGGAAAAUCUCUACAGAAAGAUCGUCAGCUACGUGUUACUGCGGUCUGGGCUUGGAUCCCCCACAGACAUCAGGAUUGUCAGAGAGGCAACAGCUGCUCUUCAGAGUGUUUUCCCUCAGGCCGAGCUCUGCACAUUUCUGACUCUUAGUAAGAAGGACAAAGAACGCCAGUUGAAAGAGCUCACCAUGAUCGUGACUGGAAUUCGGCUAUUUAACAGAGACUGUGGGAAAGGCGGAGAAGGCAUUGAUGACUUGCCAGCCAUUCUCCUGGAAGCAAUCCCGGCCACCACACACCAUAUCGACUCCCAGCUUCAGAUUGCCCAAGAACAGGCGUUCCGCUACACGGCCAUUAUUGAGAAGGUAACGAACAACCCGCUCAGGGCCAAAGAACUUCAGCCGUACAUGUUAAAGGAAGCGCUGUAUAACGUUCGACAGUACGAGAUCUUCCUGCAGACUGUCCUGUCAGAUAUAAUCACCUGUGCUGAGGAAGUGGAGCUGAUGACAAAACAGUUGGCAGCUCAGCUGGAGCAGCUGAAAAUGACGGUCAAAUCCAAGACGGCGGUCCCAACGUCACAAGUCUUCCCCAUCUUCAUUGCGCUGGCCAGCCUGUGGACGAGCUUCCAGGAUGAGACGGUUCUUAUCAGCGUCCUCAGCAACCUGACCACCAACCUGGAGCUCUUCCUGGGCACCCAUGACCUCCUCUUUCCCGAGAAAGUGAUGCAAGGCCUUCUCGAUGGCGUCAUCGUGAAAACCGAUAUGACUCGGAUAGAGGAGCACUUAGAAGAAAAAGUGCAUUUGGCAGAUUUCAGAGUACUGGAGUGGCUUUUUCCAGAGACAACAGCCAAUUUUAACAAACUGUUAAUUCAGUACCGUGGAUUUUGCGGUUACACAUUUGCUGUAACUGAUGGCCUUCUCCUCCCAGGAAAUCCAACGAUUGGAAUUUUGAAAUAUAAAGAAAAAUAUUACACUUUCAACAGCAGAGAUGCCGCAUAUUCGUUCGCAGAAAAUCCAGACCAUUACAUUAAUUUGAUCAAAGAGAAAGCCAAGAAGAAUGCAGAGUUAAUUCAGCUACUAGAGCUUCAUCAGCAGUUUGAAACUCUCAUACCGUAUUCUCAGGUAAACAUGGGGACCCUUGAAAACACCUGGACCCUUCGGAAUGUUGUCGUCACACUGGUUGGUGGAGGUGUCAGCUUUACCACCUGUAGAAGUUUUAAGCGACUUGAGAUGCCCAGUUUCUCCCUCACAAUGCUCGGUGUAUCUGCAGGGAAGAUUUUGCUUGCUGUUCCCUCUGAGAAGGAGGUUGGAAACAAAACAAUGAAGAGAAGAUUUUACACUCCCGAAGAGGAGGCUGGUGGCAAAACCAGAGGAAUGAGGGAGCUACAUGGGGCAGAACCAAGUCUCAAGCAGCAGCUGAAAGUAAAAUAA